AUGGUCGGCCCCUCCAUCCAGGAUCGCACGGGCGAAUUUCAGGCCAUCCUGGGGCAGGCCCAGAAACGCAUCGCAACUUCCAAAGUCGGCUCACAACGUCAAGCACUGCUUUCGGACUCGCAACGGAGACAGGCGCAUGCAGGCACAGAUGGACAAGGACAAAGCAAACGCCGGUCGGAGUUUGCUAGGAGAGCCGCGGAGAUUGGACGAGGUAUCACAGCGACAACUGCGAAGUUACAACGGUUGGCUGAGUUGGCGAAGCGCAAGACGCUCUUCGAUGACAGACCUGUCGAGAUCUCGGAGCUAACCUACGUCAUCAAGCAAGACCUGGCGUCGCUGAACCAGCAAAUUGCUUCUCUCCAAGCGCUUACAUUAUCGCAACAUCCGAAGACGAAUCGGUCAAGAGCGGAUCAGGAAGGCGAGCACAAUGACAAUGUCGUGGUUAUGCUCCAAGGAAAGUUGGCGGAUGUCGGUGCGAACUUCAAAGAAGUCCUCGAGGUCCGAACGAAGAACAUUCAAGCGUCGCGAUCUCGGACAGAGAACUUUGUCUCUUCGGUAUCGUCCAAGUCGCAAGUCUUGGAUCCGCAACGGUCGGACUCUCCACUGUACAACCCCUCCGGACGGAGGACGCCACAACCAGGUUUCCAGGGAGGUUCUUCAGAUCUAUUGACGCUCGAUCCCUCAAAUCCCUCGCCUCUUGGGCGCCCAUCGUUCCAGACAGAUCAGCAAUUACUGGUCAUGGAGGAGGCGCAGACGAACAACACGUACAUUCAGGCCAGAGGCGAAGCCAUUGACGCUAUCGAACGUACCAUCAGUGAACUUGGCGGGAUCUUCGGCCAACUGGCUCAGAUGGUCAGUGAGCAGUCAGAGAUGAUUCAACGGAUUGACGCCAACACCGAAGAUGUGGUGGACAAUGUUGAAGGAGCCCAGCGCGAGUUGAUGAAAUACUGGAACCGCGUAUCCGGUAACCGAUGGUUGAUCGCCAAGAUGUUUGGUGUCCUUAUGAUUUUCUUCCUUCUCUGGGUUUUGAUAGCCGGAUAG